CAACCAAAUGACCAAAAUGAGUACUUCUUUGAGAAUGCUAAGAUGAGUCUGUUUCGUUUCCACGAAGACAUUCGCUAUCAGGUAGUCUUCAACAACUGGAUUCAAACUGGAAACACUCGUACAACAUGCCGUGAAAUAGACAUCGGAGGGUAUCUUGUCUCCUUCUCAGGAGACCAGCUACUCCAAGGUAGCUAUGGAGGGGUCGAUGGGAUUCCAGCUCGAGUGGGAGACUUAAUCGAAUACGGAUAUCACAUAUUCUUUGUGUGUGACCAGAGCCCGGUUUUCGUCCAGUUCCAAAACGCAAUUCCAUUCCGCCAAGACCCAGUGGGUACUAUUAUUGUCGACUUUGACAUUUACAAUCAAGUUCUCGGCUAUGGAAAGGCUCAUGGUAUUUUAAGUAUCAAGCCGGAUGACGAGAAUCCCGGACAGUUUCGUAAUGUUGUCCGUCUUGUUUACACAUUUCCAGAUAAACCAUAGUUCUCUAUACUGGAAUUGUCUCCCAAUUCAAAGACUGUGUAGCUAGAGUUAAUUGACUUCCUUCAAUGAAAUGUGAUGCCAUGCUCCCUUUUCAAUUUAUAGUUAGCAAUAUUAUAGCUAGCACUAAAAUGUUUUUUCAUACGC